UUUUAUUUGCAACAGCCAAUGAUGCAGAAGAACGUGAUCCUCUGAUGUGUACAAUUGAAGGUAGUAAUUAUACAACAUCAUUACUUAGUAAUGGAUAUACAUGGACUCUUUUGUAUUCGGGUACAACCGGUAUUCCAUCGGCAACAAUUCCAUCACGAAUGACAUACAUGUCAUCAGUAUCUAUUAAUAAUAAUCUUUCUUAUACAUCAUAUCGAAUUUUGAUUACACAGCAUCGUGGAGUAGCCGAUUGUGUACAAUAUUCAGAAGCACAUCUUCUUGGAUACUGA